AUGUCGGAUCAUGUGUCUAACCAACAGCUAUUGUGGGAGCCACAUAGAGUGUUACUAACACAAUCCGAGGUCGUUAACACAGGCUAUACGGACACCUGUUUUGCUUCACAGAGGAGGAUCUUGCCCACCAGGUUACCUCCUCCCAUGCCAGCCCAGGUGGCUGUCGUCGACUGCUUCCGCGGAAACAGCCUGGCGUGCACGGCAGUCCACGCGUGCUUGAUCGUCCUCGUCCGCAGGAUCCUGGCCGGCGGGAUCUGCACCUCCGCGCGACGCCUGGACGGCAAGACGGUCGUCAUCACCGGCUGCAGCGUGGGCAUCGGGAGGGAGACCGCUCGGGACCUUAGUAGCCGAGGCGCCAAGAUCAUCAUGGCUUGCCGCGACACCAAGGCAGCAGAGAAAGUAGCCAAGGAAAUCGGCAGGCAGACUGGCGGGGAGCUGGCGGUGAUGAAGCUGGACCUUGCCUCCCUGGCCUCCGUGCGCGCCUUUGCCGAGGAACUCAAGGCCAGAGUGAGGCGUGUUCACAUCCUCAUCAAUAAUGCAG